CCGACUGUUUCGUUUUGUGACGCUCGAGUUAUUUGAAAUUUCAAGAAAUUUCACAUACUUAUAAACCAAAAACUUUAGUCACUUUAAAACUGUGUUCAUCUUUAUUUGUUUAAAAUAUAUAAACGUAACAUUUAAACUGAAAUGGCGGCUGUGCAAGGUCCACCAGGGAAACAGUGGCCGGUGCGUCCUGGCGUGCAACAUCAGAAUAGUCAUAAUACUGGAAAUUUAACACUAAACAGGACAAUAAACCUAUAUCCUCUAACUAAUUAUACUUUCGGGACCAAGGAGCCAUUGUUUGAGAAGGAUGCUUCGGUACCAGCAAGGUUCCAGAGGAUGCGGGAAGAAUUUGUCAAAAUCGGAAUGCGGAGAUCGGUAGAAGGUGUGCUAUUGGUACAUGAGCAUGGAUUACCACAUGUCUUGCUGUUGCAACUGGGCACAGCAUUCUUUAAACUACCUGGUGGUGAACUGAAUCCUGGAGAGGAUGAAAUUGAAGGUCUAAAACGUCUGUUAACUGAGACAUUGGGUAGACAAGAUGGUGUUAAACAAGAGUGGGUUAUUGAAGAUACUAUAGGUAAUUGGUGGAGACCAAACUUUGAACCACCACAAUACCCUUACAUUCCACCUCAUAUCACUAAACCUAAAGAGCACAAGAGAUUAUUUCUAGUUCAAUUACAAGAUCGUGCAUUAUUUGCUGUGCCAAAGAACUAUAAGCUGGUUGCUGCUCCGUUAUUUGAGUUGUAUGAUAAUGCACAAGGGUAUGGUCCAAUAAUAUCAUCUCUAUCUCAGAGUCUUUGCAGGUUUAAUUUUGUUUAUAUGUAGUGUUUGAUUUAUUAUAUUUGUUUGGACGGACCACAAUUAAUUGGUAUUAAAAUUAAAAGAUAUAUAAAAUUACUCAGCGCAAAUAUUAAAAUUACCACACUUAGAUGACCUACGGUAACUAUUGUAAAACACAAUUUUGUGUACAUUUUCCCCUGUUUUAUGUUUUGGUGUGUCUGUAUGUAAUAUUAAAAGAUAAUUUAAGAAAUUGCAUUGAUAUUAAAAAUCUAAGCAGCAAAAUAAAGCAGCUACAUGAAUUCCCCGAAAUAGCGAAGAGACCGUUGCCCAUAGACAUUCUCAAUUGCAAAUGCGUUGUCUACCCUCAAUC